GCCACGCGUCACCAACAUGGGCGACCGAGCGCUGAACUGAGCGGCGUCCAUCGGGCCCGACUGCACGGACAGCGUUCGGGUUUAAACACACCUGCGAGCGAACAGCAGGGCCUGGGCCGGGCCGACGAUGACGGCCUGAACGGAUAACGCUUGGAGGACCGCGACAUGAAAGAGCAGCAACUCCCCGAGCCACACCGACAGCAUACGAAGACAGAGAGCAGCAGAACCAAGAGCAUGUUUCUGUCUCGGGCGCUGGAGAGGAUCCUGUCGGACAAGGAGCUGAAGCGCAGCCAGCACAGCCAGCUGCGCAAGGCUUGUCAGGUGGCGCUGGAGGAGAUUAAACUUGAGCUGGAAAAGCAAAAGGAUGGCACUGUAGUUCCACCAAAAGCCAAUUACAUUGAAGCAGACAAGUAUGUCCUGCCCUUUGAGCUGGCAUGCCAGUCAAAAUGUCCACGUAUCGUCAGUACAUCUCUGGACUGCUUACAGAAACUCAUUGCUUAUGGCCACAUCACGGGGAACGCACCGGACAGCGGGGCACCAGGGAAACGGCUGAUUGACCGACUGGUGGAGACAAUUUGCAACUGCUUUCAGGGCCCACAGACAGAUGAGGGCGUGCAGCUACAGAUCAUCAAGGCUCUUCUGACUGCAGUGACAUCUCCCCACAUAGAGAUCCAUGAGGGCACGAUUCUGCUUACCGUGCGUACUUGCUACAACAUCUACCUGGCCAGCCGCAACCUGAUCAACCAGACCACAGCCAAGGCCACCCUGACUCAGAUGCUGAAUGUCAUCUUUACACGCAUGGAGAACCAGGCGGCUCUGGAGGCUCAGGAGGCAGAGAAGGAGAGGCAGCGUCUGCAGGUCCCGAAUCCUGUCACAACACCCAGAAAUCCCUCACCUGUCCCCCAAAACCCUUCCCCUACCCCAAACCAAGUAUCUGGAUCCCCACAGCCUGGCCGUGCCCAGUCAGAGCAGAAUGGUCCACCGUUACCAUCUUCUAGCCCUACAGAAGCUUCCUCCACAUCCCCUAUUCCUCAAAACACCUCAUCCAGGCACAGAGAGCCAGAGGGGCCAAAGACAGAAGAUGGAGUGGCAACACAAGAACCAAAUGUAACGGAAACCUCACAACCAGAUCCAGAAUCAGAUACCACUGUUCUGAAGCCACCAGAAGACAGGGAACCUGAUGGAGAGGAUAGCCAUCUGGAGGCUGAGGCAGAGCAGGCCUCAGAGAUUCAGGAGGAGCCAGACAGUGGCCUGGGAGAGAGCUCUGUAGAGGGAGGACUGGACCAGAAUUCUGACUCAGAGUCCAAAGUAGCACCCCCAGUAGUCAGGGCAGAUACUCAGCACAUGAAUGGGGUUGUGGAUGACCGAGCCUCAGUGUCCUCCACAGAUAUUAUGGAUGCGGAGGCGAUGCAGAACAUUCAGACAGCUGCCCGCUUCUCCCACAUCCUGCAGAAAGAUGCCUUCCUGGUGUUCCGUUCCCUCUGUAAACUCUCUAUGAAGCCCCUGGCUGAUGGCCCACCAGACCCCAAGUCUCAUGAGCUUCGCUCUAAGGUGGUUUCCCUGCAGCUGCUACUGUCAGUUCUUCAGGGAGCCGGCCCUGUGUUCCGAACACAUGAGAUGUUUGUGAAUGCUAUCAAGCAGUACCUGUGUGUGGCACUCUCUAAGAAUGGUGUGUCCUCUGUUCCUGAAGUGUUUGAGCUCUCUCUGGCCAUCUUCCUCACCCUGCUCUCUCAUUUUAAAGUGCACCUAAAGAUGCAGAUUGAGGUGUUCUUCAGAGAGAUUUUUCUCACCAUUUUGGAAACAUCAUCUAGCUCCUUUGAGCACAAGUGGAUGGUCAUCCAGACACUGACUCGCAUCUGUGCAGAUGCCCAGUGUGUGGUGGAUAUCUAUGUGAACUAUGAUUGUGACCUGAAUGCAGCAAAUAUUUUUGAGCGGCUAGUGAAUGACCUUUCAAAAAUUGCUCAGGGUCGGAGUGGACAGGAGCUGGGCAUGACUCCCUUGCAGGAGCUGAGUUUGCGUAAGAAAGGCCUGGAGUGCCUGGUGUCCAUUCUGAAAUGCAUGGUGGAGUGGAGCAAAGAUCUCUAUGUUAACCCUAACCUACAGACCAACCUAGGUCAGGAGCAUCAGGCUGACAGCGAUGGAGCAGAGACGAAGCUUCCCGAACACGUAUCCUCUCGCCGGGAUAGCGUUAGCUCUCAGGACUCUGCUGUUUCCUCCAGUGUCCAGUCCAACCAGCCUGAUCACCCUGAACAGUAUGAGGUCAUCAAGCAGCAAAAAGAAAUUAUUGAGCAUGGCAUUGAGCUAUUUAAUAAAAAACCCAAGCGGGGAGUGCAAUACUUGCAGGAACAAGGCAUGCUGGGAACCUCUGCAGAGGACAUUGCUCAGUUCCUGCAUCAGGAGGAGAGACUAGACACAACUCAGGUUGGGGAAUUCCUUGGUGAGAAUGCCAAGUUCAACAAAGAGGUGAUGUACUGCUAUGUUGACCAGCUGGACUUUUGUGGCAAAGACUUUGUGUCUGCACUACGCACUUUCUUGGAGGGGUUCAGGUUGCCCGGAGAGGCACAGAAAAUUGACCGGCUCAUGGAGAAGUUUGCGGCUCGCUAUCUGGAGUGCAAUCAGGGGCAAACAUUGUUUGCCAGUGCUGACACGGCCUACGUUCUGGCCUAUUCAAUCAUCAUGUUAACCACCGACCUGCACAGCCCCCAGGUGAAAAACAAAAUGACAAAGGAGCAAUACAUUAAGAUGAACCGUGGCAUCAAUGACAGUAAGGACUUGCCUGAGGAGUAUCUCUCUUCCAUUUAUGACGAGAUUGCAGGGAAGAAGAUCGCCAUGAAGGAGAGUAAAGAGUACUCGAUCACCCCCAAGUCCAGCAAGCAAAGUGUAGCCAAUGAAAAGCAGAGGCGGUUGCUGUAUAAUAUGGAGAUGGAGCAGAUGGCUAAGACAGCUAAAGCUCUGAUGGAGGCAGUAAGCCACGCUCAGGCCCCUUUCUUUAGUGCCACCCACCUGGAGCAUGUCCGGCCCAUGUUCAAGUUGGCUUGGACACCCCUUUUGGCUGCAUUCAGUGUUGGCCUGCAAGACUGCGAUGACCAGGAGGUGGCAUCUCUGUGUCUGGAGGGAAUCCGCUGUGCCAUCAGGAUUGCCUGUAUCUUUAGCAUGCAGUUGGAGCGAGAUGCAUAUAUCCAGGCAUUGGCCAGGUUCACGCUGCUCACAGCUAGCUCCAGUAUCACAGAGAUGAAGCAGAAGAACAUUGACACCAUCAAGACCCUCAUCACUGUGGCACACACUGAUGGAAAUUACCUUGGCAACUCAUGGCAUGAGAUUCUGCGGUGUAUCAGUCAGUUGGAGUUGGCUCAGCUGAUAGGCACCGGGGUAAAGACACGUUAUAUCUCGGGUGUAGUCAGAGACCAAGGAAGUGGCAUGAAGGGCUUUCCAACAGGAGGAGAGGAGUUCAUGCCUCUUGGCUUAGGCACACUAGUUGGGGGUCCAGACAGGCGUCAGAUGGCUCAUAUCCAGGAAUCAGUGGGUGAAACUAGCUCUCAGAGUGUGGUGGUAGCAGUGGACAGAAUUUUCACAGGAUCCACCAGGCUUGAUGGAAAUGCAAUUGUGGACUUUGUGCGCUGGCUGUGUGCAGUGUCCAUGGAUGAGCUGGCCUCAGCCCACCAGCCACGCAUGUUCAGCCUGCAGAAGAUUGUGGAAAUCUCCUACUACAACAUGAACCGAAUCCGUCUGCAGUGGUCUCGCAUUUGGCAGGUCAUCGGAGACCACUUCAACAAGGUGGGCUGCAACCCUAAUGAGGAUGUGGCCAUCUUUGCUGUGGACUCUCUAAGACAGCUUUCUAUGAAGUUCUUGGAGAAGGGAGAAUUGGCCAACUUCCGUUUCCAGAAGGAUUUCCUCCGGCCGUUUGAGCACAUUAUGAAGAAGAACAGGUCUCCCACUAUCCGUGACAUGGUCAUCCGCUGUGUGGCUCAGAUGGUGAACUCUCAAGCUGCUAACAUUCGCUCUGGAUGGAAGAAUAUCUUCUCUGUAUUCCACCAGGCAGCAUCAGAUCAUGAUGAGACCAUAGUGGAAUUGGCUUUCCAGACCACCGGUCACAUAGUCAUGCACACGUUUCAGCAGCACUUUGCAGCAGCCAUCGAUUCAUUCCAGGACGCAGUGAAGUGUCUGUCUGAGUUUGUGUGUAAUGCUGCGUUCCCUGACAUUAGCAUGGAAGCCAUUCGCCUCAUUCGCCACUGUGCCAAAUAUGUGUCUGACAGACCACAGGCUUUGAGAGAGUACACUAGUGAUGACAUGAACGUUGCCCCUGGCGACCGGGUGUGGGUGCGAGGCUGGUUCCCCAUCCUGUUUGAGCUCUCCUGCAUCAUCAACCGCUGCAAGCUGGAUAUCAGGACCAGAGGCCUGACAGUGAUGUUUGAAAUAAUGAAGAGUUACGGACACACUUUUGAGAAGCACUGGUGGCAUGACCUCUUCCGCAUCGUCUUCCGCAUCUUUGACAACAUGAAGCUUCCAGAGCAGCAAACUGAGAAAACAGAAUGGAUGACCACUACAUGUAACCACGCACUGUACGCUAUCUGUGACGUCUUCACACAGUUCUAUGAGCCACUCAGUGAGGUGUUGUUGGCUGACGUCUUUGCUCAGCUGCAGUGGUGUGUCAAACAAGAUAAUGAGCAGCUGGCACGUUCAGGCACAAACUGUUUGGAGAACUUGGUAAUACAGAAUGGAGAGAAGUUCACUGCGGAGGUGUGGGACAUCACCUGUGCCUGCAUGCUGGAGAUAUUCCAGUCUACCAGCCCUCAUGCCUUGUUGACAUGGCGACCGGCUGGGCAGGAAGAGGAGGUGGGAGAUGGGAAACACAUGGAUGUGGAGGUAGACUCUCAGUCUCAGAGCAGCUUUGAACGGACACUUUCAGAGAGAGGGCAGAGUCAGAUGUCCACGGCCAGUGAUGAGGCCUGGAGGGGAAAGCCCCAUGCACGGGUGUCAGAUCAGAGGUUGUUUGCAGGGCUACUCAUAAAGUGUGUGGUGCAGCUGGAGCUCAUUCAGACUAUAGACAACAUCGUUUUCUACCCUGCUACCAGCAAGAAGGAGGAUGCUGAGAACAUGGCUGCUGCUCUGAGAGAUGCUCUGGAAGACAAUGAGGAGAGCGAAGCACAGGCCGAAUCAGAGCAGGGCAUGUACAAGCACCUUUCUCCCCAGCAUCUCUUCAAACUACUUGACUGCCUGCUAGAGUCCCACACUUUUGCCAAGGACUUCAACUCUAACAAUGAGCAGAGGACUGCACUCUGGAGAGCUGGUUUCAAGGGCAAAUCCAAACCCAACUUGUUGAAGCAGGAGACCAGUAGCCUGGCCUGUAGUCUGAGAAUCCUCUUCCAGAUGUAUUCGGACCAGAGGCUGCAAGAGGCCUGGCCAGACAUCCAGACGCGCCUGCUACUUGUGUGUAGUGAAGCCUUGGCCUACUUUAUUAGCCUAACCUCAGAGAGCCACCGAGAGGCCUGGACCAGCUUACUGCUGCUCCUUCUCACUAGAACACUCCGAUUGUCCGAUAACAAGUUCAAGCCGCAUGCCUCCUGUUAUUACCCCUACCUGUGCGAGAUGAUGCAGUUCGACCUCAUCCCUGAGCUGCGUGCCGUCCUGCGCCGCUUCUUCCUCCGCAUCGGUUCAGUCUUCCACAUCGCCGCUCCUGAAAUGGCAGCUGCGCGUGCCCCAGCCUCGUAGAGCACAGUAGGGCCUGUGUCGGUAGAGAACUGGGAACAGAGGUGGCCUGGAGAGCUGGAGCAUGCGUGGCCCUCCUCUCGUGUGAAGGACCGUGCAGGAGUGCUUGAAGCUGAUGCUGACACUGCUCACCUGAAGUCGUCCUCCACGUCUGGAUCUCCUGAUCUUUCACCUCUCAGCUCCCCUUCAAGAGAGAACGGCUCUGUGUGACCCAGCAGGGCUCUUCUCUCUUCAGCAAUGUGGCUCAAGUUAAAUAAUAUUAGUCCUACACUCUAAAAGGGAGGGGGAUUAUGGCAACAAUGAUAAUUUACUGAAAGUACUGUUGUGUAUCCUGUUCCUGAUUGUUGGUCAGUUGAUUUGUGUUUUUUUGUUUUGUUUUUUUGUUGUUGUCUUAUCUGUUGAAUUAUUUUGUCCUUAUUCUAAUAAGUGAACAAACAGCGAUAUCCAAAUGCACAGAGCUGAAAGAAAAUUCAGAUAUCAUCAUUUACAAGCUUGUAAUUUAUAGCAGAUUUGCAUAUCUGUGCCUAUAUGAAGAGGAGAGAGGCUUAUCGUUAAAACCCCAGUCUGGAAUUGUGGCAGAAAACUGCUGUAACAGAUCCAUGACUCUUCAGGCAGCGUUCAUUAAACUACAGUAAUUAGAGUUCCUGGACUGUGAUAUUUGGUAGCUUCUGGUUGGAGCUUUCGUUACUGGUAAAUUAAAACAACAAAAAAAAAAAAACUUAUUAUGGAUGUCCCAAUCUAGGCAUACCUUAUACAUUUAUUUAUUACAAGCAUUUUCUCUGUAACAUGGCAUUUAUGCUCCACAAGGUUGAAGGACUAGUUGCCUUGGGUUGUGAGUACCAGACAUUUAACAGUAAGAGUUCUGAAUGAGGAGCCUUGCAUGUUCUAUUGAAUAUGUUUAUGUAGAUUGAGAGGAGGCCGAUUCCAGUUCAGGGCUCUUUCAGUGAAAUGUAGCCGGCCCGGUGUUGGCCUGGGAACGUGGGUGAUGUAACAUGGCUGCCCUCAAAACACUUUUGUUGAUUUUGUUUAGCAUUCCCUCCAGGAGUUCCCACUCACUCGGCAGUACACUACUCUUCCCUGCAUGAAGUGCAUACAAUUUGCUGGGCCUCUGAAAGAUGAAUGAAAUGAGUUCCGCUGGGUCUACAUUUAGAGAAAGGCUGAGGAUUUUAAGCAUUCCUGAUUUUUUAUUUUUCUUUUUUCUUCUACAUAGCAGUAAACCCUGCAGGUGUGUGGUAAAGAGCUGUUAAAGAUAUUUGCUUGGCAGGCAGAAUUUUUUCUCUCCACACCAACCCUCAGCUGAGCUGGUUCCUGAUUUUGAGUAUGAAUACGUCAGCCAACACGCUUAUUAUCUUCCAGCCAGUGUUGUCAUACCAACACCAAGCUAAACCAAGAAAACAAAUACAUAUACAUAUACUGUACAAUGCAGACAUGUUUGUACUUAAGUCUAGCAGUAUCGAGCCUUGGUAUUACCAGAGCGUAUGAAGCCCUGGGUGCAUUUUUAUGCAGAUGUAUUUAAUUCUAUGAAGUGCUUUUAAAUAUUUUCUGAAAGCAUUCCUUCCCUUGCAACUAUAUAUGUCCACUUUGCCUCCCUCAAAUAUGGGGAAAUAUAAAUAUAUAUACAGUAAAAAGAAAUAAAGUGUAAAGUUUUCAUGUAAAAUAAAGGAAAAAGGAGCUCUACACGUUGUGAUGUAAUCUUCCAGGCAUUUGGUGAAUUAAUCAAUAAAAAUCCAGUUGCACA